GGUGGAAUGGGCGGCGGAUACGGAGGAAUGGGAUACGGUGGAUACAGACGAAUGAUGUAUGGAGGCAGUAGAUAUGGAUACAGAGGAAUGGGUGGAUACGGUGGAAUGAUGGGUGGAUACGGAGGAAUGAUGGGUGGAUACGGAGGUAUGAUGGGUGGAUAUGGUGGAAUGAUGGGUGGAUACGGAGGUAUGGGUGGAUACGGAGGAAUGGGCGGAUACGGUGGAAUGAUGGGUGGAUAUGGAGGAAUGGGCGGUGGCAAAUAUGGAGGAUAUUGGCCACGCACUAAAAAAGCGAGUGUUUACUAGAUUGGUCCAUCCAGAAUGACACAGAAGAUACGGAAUUCCCUUUUAUAUAUACACCUUAUAUACUAGUAGAUAUUAGUAAACUUUGCAACAC